UUUUGGCUUGUCAACAUCGAUCCCCGCUCCGUGCAACAGAUUGAUUUUUAAAUUAGUAUUGUAAUUUUAUUUUUUAUUUCUCUCUCUUCCCCUCUCCUGGAGCCGUGAGAUGGGCCGCUACAACUCGCCGGCCUCUGCUGUGAUUUGAGUUUCACGCUUUUCUGAUUUUAUUUAUUUUUUAAAUUUUUUGCUUGCACCGACAAUGGUUCCUUGACAUCUCGUUAGUCUCCGCUUUCUUUUUCCCCUCUACCUCCCUUUAGACGUUUGCAAGGCUUCGGACAUCUUUCCAGCCACAUAAAAAAAAUAAAAUAAAAUAAAAUAAGAAAGGAGGAAAAAAAGCCGCUUCCCAUGCAGCGGUGCCCAGGGGAAUGAACAGCCUCCCAUCAGCCCUCAGCCAUCCUGCUGCCCGGGGUGUGAUCCUGUGUUUUUAGUGGGCUUCAGAGGUGCUGACGACCUUACAACGUCGAGGGUGGGACGUUUGCCUUUCCAUCUCAGGACUAAAUCAUGGCCAAUGAACCUGUCAUCCUUAAUGUGUAUGAUAUGUACUGGAUCAAUGAGUACACCUCCAAUCUGGGUAUUGGAGUCUUCCACUCAGGCAUUGAGAUUUACGGAAGAGAAUUUGCAUACGGGGGGCACCCGUAUCCCUUCAGUGGCAUCUUUGAAAUAAACCCUGGGAAUGCUGCUGAAUUAGGAGAGACAUUCAAAUUCAAGGAGGCCAUCGCUCUGGGUACGACAGACUUCACAGAGGAGGAUAUAGACAAAAUCAUGGAGGAACUAGGCAAAGAGUUCAAGGGCAAUGCCUAUCACCUAAUGCACAAAAACUGCAACCAUUUCUCCUCCUCGCUGUCUGAGCUACUGUGUGGACGGGAAAUCCCUCGCUGGGUCAACAGGCUGGCCUACUUCAGCUCCUGCAUCCCCUUCCUGCAGAGCUGCCUGCCCAAGGAGUGGUUAACCCCGGCCGCCCUGCAGAGCCACAUCAGCCUCGGGCUCCACAAAGAGGAGCAGAACGAGUCGAGCGACGAGGACCCCUCCUCCCCGUCGGGGGCAGCCGCCGCCGGCUCGGGCUCGUCCCACAGCUGCCGCCACACGAGGGUCUGAAGCACCCCGGACACGCUGACCUCUGGACCUGUUGGCCACCUCGGCAGUGGCUACAGUGGCAUUAGUAGGCUUGAACAACCACCUGACCUCAUACUGUCUGUCCUCUGAGCGAAGAGGCAGGAGAGGAAGAGUCGCCUCCUCCUGGACGGAAGCUGCUGCCAGAGACUUCAGAGCUACAGAGGCCCCGUCCGCCCUGAGAGCCGACAGGCUGACAGAGGCAAACUCCGACCUGAGUCCCGAGCGGUGAAGCGCGGCUCAGACUUGACAACAGCUACUUGUAGAUCUGAAGUUUGUAGUACAGUAUUAUAGUCUUUUUCCAUGAACUUUUAAACCUUUGUCAGCCUUCUUCCCUGCCCUGCCUCCAGAGCUGCUUUUGUAGAAUAGUUAGAAACCUGAGGCUACUGAUAUUGACACGACCAGGAGUUGCUAACCUGCUGAAAUUUCAACAAGUUCUUGUUCAAUAACCUCUAUGUGGCCUUCAGUUGAUAUUGUUGAACCUGCUUUCUUUGUGUGGAGCUUUAGUAAUUUACUUUGGCCAUUUUUAGAAGGUUACGGGGCACAGACUUUCCUUUUUGUUUUUGUUCAAGUCCGUUCUGAACUAGUGAAAAUAUUGCACAUUGACAAAAUCUGACGAAACAGUGAACAUCCAGACAAAACUGGGGCGCCACACUUCUGAUCAUAUCAUUAACGUAUUUCCUCUCAUUUUUCAUUUUGUAGAAAACCUGAAAUCUGAAACGGGACCUCUUUUUUUA